GGCUUUCUGGACGCGCCUGGAGUCCUAUGACCCGCUUGUGUCCGGAGGAGCCAUGGCCUACAUCCUCAGUCAGCCUUUACAUUCUGGGGCUGGAAUUUAGAAAGCGGGGACUAACAGGAGAUCAUCUGAACUUGGGUCUUUCGUAAGACUUGAUUUUCUCAAAUAGCGGUCCCCCUCCAUCUGAAAGUGAUUCAGUCGAUGCUCUAAGACACAUUCUGCCCACGUGGAGUUUUGGAGAAAUGCUCCCAGAGGGUAUGCGGAAGGCCCGGCUGCUUCUGAGCACCUGCGGACGAACACUGAGAGGAUGCAGUUUCCCAUGACGUUAGGGACCGUAUCAGCUUAAGCUUCCAUCCCUCAGAGCCAGGGUUGGGAGGGUAAGGGAAUUGCUCAUGGGUGUGGAAACUUAAGAAAGAAAUCAAGCAAUAAAUCAAGACUUUGUCUUUGUCUUUUCAUUUAGUGGAAUAGAAGAUGAACUCAACUGAAUUCAGUGAAGAUGUAGAAGAAGUUCUAAAAAAUAACACUGUGAAAGUGGAGACAGAGGCCGAAGAUGCUGCCCUGGACUGCUCAGUGAGUUCCAGGUCUUCCGAGAAGCACCCUCUGGACAGCGUCUUCACUGCCCUCCAGGAUUCCAGCAAGCGAAAGCAGCCGGGCGGCGAUGGCCAGCCUGACUCUGUCCCCAGCGUGAAGAGGCGGCGGCUGAUUCCCGAGGUGAGGGCCCAGCCCCUUCCGCUGUUUGCUUGGGCUCUGACCCUCUGAUUAGAAGCUUUGUCUCUCUACU